AUGAAUUCCAUAGUAUUCCUUUUCAUGCUCUUGAAGAGCCUCACCCUUUACCCAAAGCUUGUGGGGGAUUGGGAUGAGGAAGCUCGUCGGCAGAUGGAACUGCACGCACAGCAGCUGGAAUGGGAGAGGCUUCUGCUGGAGCAGGAAGUGGAGCAGCUCAUCCUGCAGCAGAGUGAAGCGGAACAGUAUUCGCAGCUCAUAACUGUUGCUGUGCUCCUGGUCCUUGUCUUGGUCCUAUGGUUUAUGGGGUCGGAAAGGAGCCUGAGGAGAGAGGAGAAUGAAGAAGAAAAUAAUGGCGCAAAUGAAGAGGGAGUCAGAAAUGGGGCUGCAAACGGAGAAGAAGCUGUUGGAAAUGAAGAAGACAAUGUGAACCAGGAGGAAGACAAUGAUGAUGGCAACGUACAGGAAGUGGGCAACGGUGCUGAAAAUGAGGCAGAUCAUGAUGGAAAUGAAGCUGUCAAUGUGAACCAGGAGGAAGACAAUGAUGAUGGCAACAUACAGGAAGUGGGCAAUGGUGCUGAAAAUGAGGCAGAUCAUGAUGGAAAUGAAGCUGUCAAUGAGGUUGCAGAUGCAGAAAACAACGAUGAAAUUGAAAAUGUAGUCCAAGAAGAAGAGGAUGAUCCUGAGGAUAUCUUUGGUGAAAGAGUGAUGGGGCGCAUCCAGUGGCCUGUACAGGACCUGCAGAGAGGCUGUGAGUGGGUAACUGAGCUGAUGGACAAUUACACCAUUUUCUUUGGUCAUGUCUUGUCAAACAGUUUCUACCCAGUCCUGCAACAAGCCAUCGGGGUGGGCAGUGCCUUUGAAGGUUGGAGUCCCCGUGAGCAGGAUGUUAUCUACCGCGUGCUUGUACCCAUGACUCCUCCCCAAGGCCACAGCUUCCACCUGGAGCUGGACACUGCAGGGCAGAGGCAGGUGAGGAACUUCCGUGUCCGCGUGCAGCUGGAGUGCACCUGUACAAGGGAGCAGCAGGGGGAGAACAUGCUGUGCUUUCUGCACCACCCUGAGGAGGAGCUGAGGAGGAAUCAGGAUCCCAGCCUCCUGGACACCCUGUGCACCGGCUCCUACCUCGACGUGCAGAAAACGGCCCGCUGGUUCUGCCAACUGGUGAGAGCAGUCUGGCCAGCUUUGCCUCAGUCACACAAUUGGCAUUUAACAAUGCUGCCCUCCAGACGCUCCUGCCAAUUCAAGGUUACCAACGGAGAAGAGACCUUCAGGAUUGAGAUGUUGUUUGGAGUGCGGAGAGACGACUCAGACGUCUUUGUGAGCAGCGAGCCUAGAGAGAUCUACACCCCAAGAACAACCUGGCCUGAGACUUAUGCUGUGGCAGAGACCCAGCUCUUCAAGUACAUUGCCAGUGAAGCCCCCCCCGACAGUUUGCACCUCAAAUGCCUGCAGUUCUUCACCCGUUUCCAGCUGGGCUUCUGCUUUUCCACCUACACCAUCAAGACCAUUUUCAUGUACCUGCUCAGUGCCACACCCGUGAUAUUUUGGAGCAGGAGAGAUUUCAUAGACCGACUGCUGGAUAUCAGAGAUUACCUGUAUUUAUGUUUGACAACAAAACGCCUCAAUCAUUUCAUUGUGGGGAAACGGAGGCUUCCUCGCGAAAUCAAUGUGCCCCCAGAUGUUGAAACGGCUAUGAUACCCAACGUCUUCCAUCACCUGGAACAGGACUCAGACGCACACAGCCAGGCGAUGUAUGAGUUCCGGUUUCUGGAUAAGUGGUUAAACAGAAUCAUUCUCAAUGAACCUUGA